UGUCGCUGUAUGUGUGUGUGUGUGUGUGCGGAGGUAGUAACGCCGCAGCGGGGACGGAGCCGGAGUUCGUUGUUUUGAAUUAGCCCCGCAGACAGCUAGCGCCGACCGGAGGGCAGCAAUAGACAGCAGUGGCCCGUGGAUAAGAUGGCGGAUGUAGGGAGCGAUGAAACGCGGCCGGCUCUCCCUUCGGCAUCCCACCACAACGGCCCGGUGGCUGUGUCCACACCGGCGGCGGGGACUGCGGGCCUAAGCCCGGCCACGGCUACGUCGGGUCCGCGGAUGGUGCGGAUAGUCAAGUCCGAGUCGGGCUACGGCUUUAAUGUCCGCGGGCAGGUCAGCGAAGGCGGACAGCUUCGGAGCAUCAACGGGGAACUGUACGCUCCCCUUCAGCAUGUCAGCGCCGUGCUGCCCGGCGGGGCUGCGGACCGGGCGGGCAUCGCCAAAGGUGACCGGAUCCUGGAAGUCAACGGCGUGAGCGUGGAGGGCGCCACCCACAAGCAGGUGGUGGACCUGAUCCGAGCCGGCGAGAAGGAGCUGGUGCUGGCCGUGCUGUCGGUCCCGCCUCAGGAGGCCGACGGCCUGGAGGGAGGCGAGGACGUGCAGCCCAAUUACGACUACAGCGACAAGCAAGCCGUACCAAUCUCCAUCCCCACGUACAAGCACGUGGAGCAGCACUCCGAGAGGUUUGUGGUGUACAACGUGUACAUGUCGGGCCGGCAGCUGUGCUCCAAGCGCUACCGGGAGUUUGCUAUCCUCAACCAGAACCUGAAGCGUGAAUUCUCCAACUUCAACUUCCCCAAGCUGCCCGGCAAGUGGCCCUUCUCGCUGUCCGAGCAGCAGCUGGACGCCCGGCGCCGCGGACUUGAAGAAUACCUGGAGCGAGUUUGUUCUGUGCGAGUGAUUGGGGAGAGCGACAUCAUGCAGGAGUUUCUCUCGGAAUCCGACGAGAACUACAACGGCGUGACGGACGUGGAGCUGCGCGUGGCGCUGCCCGACAAGACCACCAUCUCCGUCAGGGUGCGCAAGAACAGCACCACGGAUCAAGUUUACCAGGCGUUGGUGGUGAAGGUCGGAAUGGACAGUAUUAUGGCCAGCUACUUUGCCCUCUUUGAGGUCAUCAAUCACACAUUUGUGCGAAAGCUGGCGCCCAACGAGUUCCCACACAAGCUUUACGUUCAGAACUACACGUCGGCCGUGCCGGGCACUUGUCUGGCGCUGCGCAAGUGGCUCUUCAGCUUCCAGGAGGAGGAACUGCUCCGAGACAACCCGCUGGCGCUGCACUACUGCUUUCACCAGGCACUGGAUGAUGUGAAGAAGGGAUUCAUAAAAACAGAGGACAAAUCCUACCAGCUGCAGAAGCUGGCAGAGCAGCGCGAGAUGGCCACGUACCUGAGUCAGCUGCGCUCGUGCGAGGGCUACAACGAGGUGGUCUUCCCCCAUUGCGCCUGCGACUCCCGGAGGAAGGGCCACGUGGUCACGGCCGUCAGCAUCCAUCACUUCAAGCUGCACGCCUGCACCGAGGACGGCACGCUGGAGAACCAGGUGAUUGCGUUCGAGUGGGGCGAGAUGCAGCGCUGGGACACGGACGAGGAGGGCAUGGCCUUCUGCUUCGAGUACGCCCGGGGCGAGAAGAAACCUCGCUGGGUCAAGAUUUUCACUCCAUAUUUCAACUACAUGCACGAGUGCUUCGAGCGGGUCUUUUGUGAACUCAAGUGGAGGAAGCAGGUUGAGGAGGAGGCUUCUGAUAAAGACAACAAAAACUGCAGCAACAACGAGUUUCUGCCGCCUCUGGAGACGCAGCAGAAGGGAUGGCGCCACCUAGGGGGGGAGAUUGCCACGUCCUAGACAAAAGCAAAACCACAAACCCGUCCCACAUUGAACUGUUCCACUCGCAUCGUCACACCCACCCUGAGAGCAAGACUUGAGGUACGGGCGGAGGCAGGUCGCACCCCCAAAACUGGGAUCGACAUUUUUUUUCGCAAGAGGGGGGCGACGAAUGCGUCGCACGUUAAGCCAGGGACACUUACCAAGACGGGCGAUGAAGGCAAGCCAUUUCAUUACCGGAUCUCCAUUCUGUGUGUCUGUGAGACGCUCCCCCCCUCCCCUCCCGUACGAGCCGCCGACACGUCGGUCCGGCGCGCGACAGACAGGAGCGCGAACCGGAAACGUGGCCGCGAGCGGCGGGACGAUAUGCCCGGCCCCGAGUGGGAAAUGGACUGAGCGAGAAGAAGAGAAAAAAAAACUUGUUUGCGCUACCGAACGAUGCAAAGUCUGAUGCUGGACAUGAACAAAGACGUUUUCUAUUAGUGGGGUCUGUUUUUGUUUUUUUUCUUGUUGUUUUGUCCGUAAACAAAAUGUAACUAAUCUUAUUGCGUGUACGUUUAACAAGCCUUUUUUUUUCCUGAUCAAAUAUAGAUUAAUAUAAGAGCUCUAAUUGAUUAUCAUGAAUUCUAUUGAAAGCCAUUUGAGCAUUUAUUCGAUAUCCUCGAUCAUGCACCUUGCUUAUUAGGGCGCAGUCUCGGCCUAACUAGUACAAGUUGACUCAUUGCACAAAAUCUUAAGCGGCUUUCAAAAAUAGGCUUUCCAUAGAAUUGCAUUGGGUUGAGGCAAAAUCAGUGUUUGGGGGUGGUCACGGCCUGCAGUUUUAUAAACGGAAGAUAGGGGGCAGCAGAUGCUAAGUGUGAAUGUGAUGCCUGGGGCUGUGUAGCUCAGGCAGCUAAGUGUCCCUCCCCUGCAGAUGUCUCCAUUAACCAUGUCAGGUGGUGUGUUUGCGUGUCUCUAACCACCUGAGCGCCGUCUCGCUCACACGCCGCAGUAUUAGUCCUUUUGUGUGUGUUAGUUGCGGUUAGUCACACAAAAAGGGCCGGAUGUCAACGUUUCGGUUGGGCGGAUGAAGACAAAUUGAGCUGUUGUGACCUGUUGUUGAUUUUCAGCAAGGGGGGGGGGGGUUGUUUGUCAUUUGACAGGUGCAUCGGCGGCAGGAUUAUUUUUUUGUGUCGGGCGUUUUUGCAGCCUGUGACUUGGCAGUCAUUACAUUUUGGGGUUCUCCGUCUACGUCAGCUUUACAGAUGCCACGUCGACAUCGUUGCUAUCGGAUAGGAUCAUCGUGUCGGUUCAUUUAUUUGAGCGCAAGUCGGUCAUUUAGAAGAUGGAUGAAUCUUUUUUUGUUUUCUUCCCGAUCUCGAGGGCGAGCUCUCGCUCGCUCGUCCGCACCCUCCUCUUCCCUUUUCGAGUUACUCUGCCAUCAUUACGCUGCAAUGUGGUUGCCACGGCAGCACCAUGGCAGACUCCCCACGACCGUUCUCCUUUUCAGUCUCGGCAAAUCGACUAAUUCCGCUCCAUGUAAUGGAGUUGAGGCCUCGGCUUUGUGUGUGUGUGUGGCGCACGCACGCUGUCAUUCUCCGCUAUCGCCGAGGUGAAUGUCACCCUGUUCGGUUUGCUUAGAAGUGGGGGAAGAGACGACAGGAAUGUUAAAGAGCACACUUGAGAUUGUGAGCCAAGAUCAGAACAACAUAUUCCUUGAAAAAACAAAAGUCACAAUUAGUCGGAUUAUCCUAAAAAUUUCCCUUGCCACAGAUUUUCCACAUAUAUAUAAUUUACAAAAUGGCCCCCACCAGAGCGGUUAUGUUGUGUGUGUUUGUUUGUGCUGUGACUCAUAUUCAUUUCACCAUUGUUUGCUUAAUUCCUUCACACAAACAGUUUUGCCGUGUGUGUUUGCUGCAAUCAGGCCGUGACUGAAAGAAAACAAACGUUUGUUUGCGAGGGGAUGCUGACAUGUAAGUUCUGUUUUUGUUUUGUUUUUUUACUUUUGUUUGUAUGCGUUUCGUCAACCUGUAAAUAGUCGGAGGGGAGAAAAACAUAAUGCACUCACAAUUUUUUUUUUUUUUAUUUAUUGACAAUGGAUUCUUCUGAACGACGGAAGCACGCGCCGAUGACAAAUGACUCAUAGGCUACAAAAAUGAAGUCUGUUUUUAUCUUGAUAAAAAAAAA